AGAUCACUUUCCGAGGUUCAGAAUGGAGGGUUACUUGAUUCGUGUGCCAGUAGAAGCAUGCUUUCCAGACCCACGUCCUGCUUGGAGACAGAUAUCCGGCCCGGUUUACUCGCGUAUGCUCUACUACAUCGUCGAAGACGGCUACCUACGCGGCUACCAGUCACCGUGCGAUCUCGAUGAGCUCGUGGAAUCGUUCCAGCUGACCAGCCAUCGCAUCGAGGUUAACGCCAUGUACUCGCUCAAUAUCUUCGAGAUAAAAGCACGAGCUGUCAAGCUGCCACCAACGCAACAAGUCGUAGAAGAUACUUCGAGCUCGAGUUCAGACAGCGAUGACGAUGACGAUAGAAACACCAAGCGCGUCGAACCGGCUAGAUUAUACAAGCCACAAGUCGCUCUCUCGUUGUCAUCACAACCAUUAAGUGGCAGCUAUCACGUUGUGUUCUUCGCCCCCAACAAAGAUCUGGUCAAGAAAUGGUCGGUCAAGUUGUUGAACUGGAACCGUUAUGUCUUUAGCUCCUGCAAUGAUCCAGACGAAGAUGAACUCAACUUGUCUAAAGCCGAGAUCAUCGAAGCUCUGCGUGUUGUAAACGCCGCCGAUCGAUUUCUGAGACCAGUCCAGCUACGCACACUUGAAAGCGCCUCAGAUAAUGCUGUGAGCUCACCGCGUGCUGCUCAAGUCGGUAUCAUUUCAACACCGGUCGACAACGUGGCAGAACCAAGCAGUAUAACAAAUACUCGUACUCCGACCGAGACCUCCAAUGCCGCUGAGUCUGAAGUAGUGAAACCCACCGCUGUUUCUGCACAACCGUCGAAUGCGUGGUGGCUUGUCCCGUUAGGAAGAUCCAAGAGGAUUUCAGCGUACUCUUUAAGACGUUAGCACGAAUCAUUCAACCUGCAGCUUGUAAUUGAACGCUCCCUUCAAUGUCGUUCCCCUCAAUAAAGUGGCAACUCACUCUUUGCGAGUAUGUUCCUACAAUCUUG